AUGACAGUCGAGCGAAAAACUCGUUUGCAGGCGCAUUCUCAGAACCCCUGGGAAAAGGAAUACGUGCAAACUCAGCUGUUACAUCCUCGCACUCUAUGCUGCAGGAACGUAAUGACCCAUAUGGACCAAUGUGAGCCAGAAGGGCACAACGCUGAGACGACGGAGACGCAGACAAAUUUGAAUCUCUCUGGCGACCGUAAUUUAGCCGGAAGUAUUCCACUCAUUUUUAACCGCCUCAGGAGAAAGAGUUUCCGAAAGGAUUCGUUUGAAGAGAAGACAGCACCUUCUUCUUUCUUUCCUUACAUGGAUGCGCAAAGAGCGUAUGAUCAACAGGUUGCAUCGACAUCUCGCUUCCCUCAAUAUCCGAAGCCAGAGAUGAUGCAGCAGUAUCCACCCGCCUGCAGGCAAAAUAUUCCUCAUAUGUAUCCCCCUAAUUACCCUCGCUCUCCAUCAAGAGUACCACAAGCGGAUCACACUAGCCAUUGGAUGAAUGGACCAUAUACAGCAGGAUACGCGAAUUCUCCUAUCCCUUCUGCAGCCCCUUCUGUGAUGUCUCAUAUAAGCAUGCAGGAUGACCUCGUAUCUGUGAUGAGCGUUCAGACUACGCUGAAUGCCAGCACAGCACCUUGUCCACAAGAUCUUACGGAGUUGCGGCCGCAGUCGCAGUUCUCAUCUACUGCGUCAACACCGCCUUGUACAGAAAAUGUUGAUCCAGCCACGAUCCAAGAAGUUCGGAGAAACGUUGCGUACUCUAUCAAUAACUUCUACAGUAACGAUCAGUUCAAAAUUAUACAAUGUAUAUGUCACUAUGCACAACGGAACAUGUUCCAAUUCGUCGACUUGGCUAGCGUGCACAAGCUAUUGCUUCUGAUAGCACAAUUGCUCAAAAACACAGCCGAUCCUAACUUCCGACGACAAAACUCCUUGCAAACUAGCAAUCUUUUACUAAAUGCGAUUUUCUACUUGAGUAGGAAUCCUACUACUUUACGGGUUGUGAUGCAUGUCGCUUCUGACAAAAAUACUGCCGAGUUUAUUUACAUCAUCGCACACUUUGCCAAGGUAAAUUUGAAUUGGGCUGCUGCACUUACUCUUCACACGCUAUUUGACUACAGCGGUCCAGAAGGGGCUAAAUGCAUAAUGUACGCGAAGCAAAUACAACCUGGAGCUGUGCUCGAUGCUUUGCUACAUAUCUUAAAAGAGAAACCAGAUCGGAAAAGGACUCUUUUUGUCUUGCAUUCACUCCAGCUUCUUGCUCGGAAAGACAGUAAUGCAAAGCAACAUAUUGUACAAUCAUAUGGUGGUCGCUUCAUAGAAUUGUUGAUCGGAUCUGCUCAAGGCGGUCUACUUGCUCUAGCUGAUAAUGCUAGAGAUCAGGGUCGACUUUUGUACCGAAUAUUCGCCUUGCUGAACGUCGUAAUGGCGAGUCAGGCCUCAGCUGAAAUGUUUGUACGUUGUGGUGGACUACAGAAGGUUUGCGAACGCCUUUUCCAGUCGACAGAUGUCUUGCGGGAAGGUAUUCACCUUGUUGCACUCGCCAGUGAUGUGAAAGCAGUUGAUGAUCAGGAUUUGAGGAUUUCCAUACGCCAGGUGCUAGACAUUCUUUGCCGCUCGAAUGAUCGAGAUCUGUUCGUGAGAAGGUACAGCUCUGGUUUCCUUGUGAAUAUAAUGGCCAACCGACCCGUCAACAAGAGACUGCUUAUAGAAUGUGGUGCUUUUGACAUUUUCACACGACUCUGCUACCAGUAUUCGAAUCUGGAACAGUGGGGUCAAACAAAAGAAACGAGAGGGAUGGUAGAGGAAUUAACUGACAAUAUCUUGCUAUCUUUAAACUCGCUUCUAAUGGAGCCUUUGAAGCCAGAAACAACAAGAGCUAGAGAUCUGUGCUUAUCACAGAAGUCAUUCCAAACUUGCCUGCUGAAUCUUCUGUCACAUGGAAGCGCCAACAUCCGAAAUCGAGUCUUGCGUCUUACCGGCUUACUCCUAAGUUGUUGUGCUGGAUGGGGAGCCACUGUAAUGCAGGCUGUUACGGAAGAGAAGGGCGACAACAUUGUUGGAAUCAUUUUCACUGUCAUAUCUGCUACUAGGGCUGACGCUACGGACUCCAAUCGAAAGGAAACUGUGAAUGCACUGGUUGCUUGCUUUCGUAUCCUUAAUUUGAUCAUGAUGUGUGAUGAAGGCGUUAAAAAGACUCUGGUCUCAUUUGUGAGGAACAGCCCAGUUUCCAUGAUGGAGCUCUUGCGGACAUUCACAGAGGACAACUUGAUAGUGCAGAUCCUUGAAAUGUGCGAUCGGAUAGCUGACGAUGAGAAUCUUGCGCAACAGUGGGUCAGUGACAGACCGCUUCUCGAUGCAAACGCAAACAGUUCAAAUCCCGAGAUUGCUCGCGCCGCUCAAUCGCUAGUGUCAAAGCUGAGUGUGGUGAACUCGGAUUUCGAACCGUUGGCAGGCCGUGCUCAUUCACUGCAUAUGGUUCGUACUGGUCCAGCGCAUAGUAUCAAAUGGACAUAUAACAUGUACAAAAGCGUUUAG